AUGCUACGGAAUAAUAUUUGGGUCCCCAUCGAGUCCAACCCGGAGUCCCUCUACCUGUACUCCUGUAAACUUGGGCAGACCAAGUUGGCCUUUCAGGACAUCUAUGGGUUUGAUGCGGACCUCUUAGAUAUGAUCCCUCAACCCGUGCACGCAAUAAUACUGUUGUACCCCCUGAAAGAAGGCAUGACCAAUGCAAAUGCUGCAACGGAUGGAAGUGUUGAGAAAAACGUGGACAAUAUUUGGUUCAUGAAACAGGACGGAAGGAAGGACCAUCCCAUUAUUCAUUGUGCGACAAGUCCAGGCAGUUUCAAAUAUGACACGGGAAAUAUAAUACAAAAAAAGUUCAUAGAAAAAUGCCAAGGUGACAACAGGUUUUCAGCCUUAGCAGUUGUAUCAAGUGAUAGUACAAGGAUUCCCUGUUGGCUAAUUUUUUCGACAAGGAAUUUGAAGUGA